AGGAUCUGAAUUUUUUAAAAUAAAUAAGUGGUCAAGUGAGGGAAGAGUUUCCCAGUAGAGCGAUCAGUGAGCAAGGGCAUGGAGAUGAGCUUUGGCACAGCACGUUUAGAAAAUCCCAAGUACGAAUUUUAAAUCUCUACUGAUUAUUAACUUGAGGCCUUAACUCUGGUGCCACCUUUUUAUUUUACUAGAGGAAAAAGAAGGAAACUCAGUGACUUAGUAUCACUGAACUAAUUGGUGGUUGAUUCCCAGCAUGCAGCCCUUUUUUCAACAUCAUGAUUUUUUUUUUCUUUUUCAUGGACCCUUCAAAAUGCAACAGAACAAAAUACGUCAAUAAUGAGCUUUUUCACCCCUGAGGUAAUUCUUAUUCAGGCACAGGUUACACUUACAAAGCAAGUCUGUGAGAGGCUUCCCUGUGAGGGGGUGGAUCAAAGGCCAUGGGUUUCUCCAGAGCCUUCCUUGCUGCUCUGGCCAGCUCACUGCUGUCUCGGCGUAACCUCGGGAGAGUCAUUUUCCUCGUGUUUGCAGGGAGAUUGAGAGAAAAAUGGAACAGGCUUCAUUACUACUAGUUAAUAGGAAGAAAAGGGAGAGAAAGCCUUGCUCCUCCUUAAUUCUUCCUUUCCUCUUCUUUUUCCCCCUUUCCUGUAGUUGCCACCACAUUCCUGAUGUCAUUCCUGCCAUUGUGAGCCGGCAGGCCGGCUGUCCAGGCCUGGAGGACAGCCUGUAAAUCAGGAGGGGGGUGGAACUGUGGAGGUGGGGGGGGAAACAGUGGUCACACCAACACCUUGUAGUUGGGCUGGGUCUGUGUGGAGCCCCAGGGAUGUUCCCCAGCCCGUUCUUCCUAAGACCCAAUGAGUAAAAUUAGGGGCCUCCCUCCUGAGGUCAAGGAACCAGGCCCUGGAGUGGAACUUGGGGUGGAAGAUGGCCUUCUUUGUCAACUGAUUCGUUCUCCAGAAUUCAACUUGUUCUCCAACUCUGUGGUGUUUGAAAGCAACUUUAUCCAGACCCAAGUACUUGGGGCUGAUUUCUAGGUCACUAAGCCCGGGAAUUGGAUAAAUGUCUAUGAAGGGUCGACCACCGUGAUCCUUGGGGUAACCUCCUCAGUGCCCUCCUUGCCACUCCCCAACAUCCUCCUGAUGGCCAACGUCACCUGGCCCCAGGGUCAGUUUUCCACCUGGAACACACCUGACUGCGCUCCAGUCAUCACCCUCAGCAGGAUUCUCCCCCUGAAGUUUGUGGAGCUACAAAUCUGUGACCGGCUCCAACGCAUCCUGCGGAUUAGGACAGUGACUGAAAAGAUUUACUACAUGAGGCUCCACGAAAAACACCCAGAGACUGUGUUUCAAUUCUGGAUCCGCUUGGUGAAAAUUCUGCAGAAAGGUCUGUCCAUCACCACCAAAGACCCGAGAAUCCGGUUCACUCACUGCCUGGUGCCCAAGAUGUCCAGCAGCUCCACUAAAAUAACAACUGAAAGCAGCCUCUCGUUAUCCUCCCAGCCCAGUGAAAACUUAAUGCUGUUGGAAGCCACGCAGAUCAGCAGCAGUUUCUCACAUUUCCCAAGAAGGUUCCAGCUCACAGCAGACAGAAACACAGACACUGCCACUGAAAUCAAGGAUUCCAACAGCUACAAGACACCCUUGCCGGUGGCAUCUCCAGUGAAUUUGCAUAUACCCUUCAGAGCCACUUUAAGCCACAGCCUCUGGGAACAAGAGAAUCCAGACGAGCACCUCCUGCGGGUUCCUAUAGCCAGUUCCCUAGGAGAGAACUUAUUGGGACCCUGACUCCUAGCCAACGAACCAGAGUGAUCUUCCUGGCAUUAGUCAGUGCACUGGCUACAACUUCCCAUAAUGCUGUUUUCCAACUGUGGGCCAAAUGACUGUGGGAGAAGUAAGAUGGUAUUUAAAACAAGGUGCUUCUGCACUUCCACCAAUAAACCUCCGAGUGAGCCCCUAAUU